AUCGCUUGGUGCGGCUGGUCACACUCGCGAGCAAAUGAAUUGAAUUGAAAAAAAAUAAAUGAAUAAACAAACUAGCAGUGCGUCCGCGAACAGGCGAUUUAACACCCCGGAGGACCACUCGUUUUCAACAUCAUGCACUCGAUGACGCGGACGCGCGCAUAGUAGAGCCUCCCGUUAAGGAACCCGGAGUCCGCAAGGCUACAGAGACUACACAGAUUUUGUGGGAAACCAGCCCAGAUCCCCAGAUCCAGCUCCAGACCCAGAUCAAACGACUCCGGCCAGAUGAGCAGCGGAAUGAGGUCGCAGGACGGUCCGCGGGCGAAGGUCAAUGCCGCCAGCACGCUGCUCACCCAGGAGGAGAAUGAGGCCGUCUUCAGGCUGCUGGGCAAGAAGUGCCAGACACUCAACACCGCCGUGGUGCAGAUCUACAAGACGGAGGGCAGUGCCCAUGCCCACUGGAAGAAGCGGCACACCGGAGUGGUGUGCUUCGUCAAGGACAGCGCCAUUCGGUCGUACUUCAUGCGCGCCUACUGCCUGAUCAAGAACGAGCUGAUCUGGGAGCACGAGAUUUACGAUGGCAUGGAGGUGGUCAAGUCGAGACCCUUCCUGCUCACCUUCGAGGGCAGUGAUGGUCAUGUGGGACUAAACUUCGUCUCCGAGGAGGAGUGCGACUCGUUCUUCCGCAUCGUGGACGCCACCAUAGAGACGCGCAACCGCAAACGGCAAGAGAAGCGCAACCGGCAGAAAAGCCAGCAGGCGCCCAAUGCUCCAUUGCCUCAGGUGCAGCGAGAGCCGGCAAGACCACCACCCAUGCAGGGUGGUAUGUCAGCCACGGACGGCGUUCAGCUGAGGAACAAUAAGAUCAACUCGGUAACACUGACGCCUGCGCCAGCGCCAGCGCAGUCGAAGAAUUUCCUGUCCAGCAGUUUUGGGCUGGGCAGCAAUGCGAAGGACAAGAAGGACAAGCGCAAGGUGACCAAGGCGGACAUCAGCCAGCCGACUAACUUUGUGCACAUCAGCCAUGUGGGCUGGGAUGCGCAGAAGGGAUUUGAUCUGGCGGGCAACGAGAACGACGAAGUGCUGAACGAGUUCUUCGUCAAGGCGGGUGUCUCCGAAGUGGAGCUAAAGGAUCGGGACACUCGCGCCUUCAUCUACGACUUCAUACAGAGCAACAAUGUCCUGGCGUCGGUGAAGCAAUACAGUGUGGAAUCGCCAACGGAAACAACGCCUCCCAUGCCGCCACCGGUGCCAACCCGACAUCCCUCUAAUGGCAACCAAAGAACUGCUCCUCCGCUGCCGCCGGCAAGACAACCACCGCCCGCAGUGCCCGUCACUGUGCCGGGCGCCACACGAGCUCCUCCACCACCAAGCAGACCACCACCCAUUAGCACCGCUCCACCACCGCCACCAGUCAGUGCGCCCGUUGUAGCGCCGCCACCCCCACCACCGCCACCACCAGCAGCGGUGCCGCCACCACCGCCCCCGCCCAUGCCAGUGGGAGAGAUUCCCGUCAUUACGACCACGCAAGCACCGACUCAAGCAGCCCGGCCAGCAGCUCCGGCGGCCCCAGAUCCACGCAAUGCUCUAAUGGACGCCAUACGCAAGGGAACCCAGCUGAAGAAAGUGGACACGGCUGCUCUCAGCACUGGAAGUGGCGAUUCUCGCAGCGAUUUAAUGAAGGAUAUACGUCAGGGCACUGUUUUAAAGCCAGCCAAGGAACGGGAGCUGGGCAGUCAGCGAGUCAGCGACAGCGGAGCAGGUACAGACGCCUUGGCCGAUGCACUGCGUCGUGCGCUGGAGGCGCGUGGCAAUGCCAUCCACUCGGACGAGGACGAAACCGAGUCCUCGGACAACGAAGGGGAGUGGGACUAAGGGAACUACGGAUGACACGAUGCGAUGGGGGCAGGCAGACACUAUUCCAAAUAUAAGCAAUAACUUAACUUGUGCUUUGGCAUUUUGGUUUAUCGUUAGAUAAAUCCCUGUAAAUACUGUUAGUGAAUUUUCAUACCUCUUUAAUUUAAUUGUACGAGUUUAACAAAAACAAAAUGUACUAAAGUAUAACCACAAAUUGAGAAAUUUUA